AUGAAAGCUUCUAGACAAGCAAACAAGAAGGUGAUCAAGGUUCCUAUAGAGUGCAGGGGAGGUAUAGGAAGUAGCAUGAGAGAACAGAAAUCUACAAGGAGAACUACUCGGCACAGCCACAAAGCAACAGGGAAAGGUGGCAAUUUCUUGGUUGAAAAAGAUGAGUGUUUAUCACCUUACAGUGCAGCUGAUGGUAUGUGUCUGGAGCUUCCUGACAGAGGUGUGCAAUCUUCAGAAACAACAAAGAGGCUGCCUGUUAUUGAUUUUUGUCAAGGGCAAACACUUCUCCCUCAUUCAAAGAUCAAGUUGCAGCUUUUCCCUGUAAAUGAAGGCACCCGCAUAGGAUUGGAAAAGGAUGGACAUCAUCCAUAUUUAGAACUCAUUCUUAGAGCACGGAAGAAGAUUUCUUCUGUGCUAAAGCACCUUAAUGGAAAGUGGGGCAGUUCAAGUGUUGCUCUUGGUGAGCCAGCUCUAUUCCCAUAUAAGAUAAAGGACAGUAUGUCUAGUAACAGAAGAUGGACAAUGAAUGAUGGUGACAUUAGUGUGGGAGCUAUCUAUGCAGCUAUUGGAAGCCCUGAAGUUUUUCGCUUAAGGUAUGGCUGGUUCUCUACUGAACCUAAAACCGCUGCUGAACCUUCCACAUCAGCUAUUGACAAGGUAGACUUACAAUCUGAAGGAGCGCAGAGAUAUUCCAGGGCUGCCACAGAGAAUAAAGUAGGGAAACACACUGGGUUACCAAGAAAAGAUUUCAGAUCAAUCAAUGCAAGUGAAAAAAUAAAUCCAGAUACCGAGAAGAUUUCUACUGGAGCUGUUCAUCUUAAGGGUGAUAGUCAGAGGAUGGAUGGCAACCAUGCUCAGUCGCCACUUUUUGUUGACAGUGUAAGCAUUGAAGGCCAACUUUCUGAAGCAUCUUUACAGGCUAAGUGCAAUAACAGUGAUGAAAAACAAAUUGGGAAAGAUGAAGGCUUUCAUCCCACUGAACUAAAGAGUGAUUCAAAAUCGUAUGCGUUGUGGGCUGAUUGUACAUCUAUAAGCAUUGGUGGCCUCCUCUCUGAAGCAUCCUUACAGGGAAAGCUCAACCGAAUUGAUGCACAAUCAACUGCGAGCAAUGCAGGCUUGCCACCAACUCAUCCAAUUUCUGAUUCACACCAAGGUUUUGUUGCCACCAGAAUAAAUAGCCCUCGAGGUCCAGGGCCAUCCACUCAUGACUCAUGCUUAUCUAUUUUGGAUGCUGAAGAAACUUGUCAUGCAUUUCCUUUUCAAAAGUUCUCUUCGUCGGGAAGUUGUGGAGGUUUCAGUCAGAAUGCUGGUUCCAAAGUAUUCAAGUUCCCAAAUGCAACCAAGCAGGUUAACAGUGUGGCUGGGCUACCACAAGACCGUGCCUGUCAAGAAUCGGAUACAGAUCUCGUGGCUUGUUCACGUGUGAACAACGACGAAAGAAGCCUUGGGCUGUCAGGCAUCAAAUGGACUGACUCCUUGGGACCCUUUGAUCUUGGCCUGCCUGUCUCCCAGAAGCUCAUCACUGGAGAGAGUACAAGCAUCAGUGGAUUUGUUAAGUAA